CACGCGGUCCUGGUGGGGCCAAGAGCAUCGGGGUUCUGCUGCUGCUGGCGUGGCUAUGGGGCACAUCCAAUGGGACCCCAAUGGGGUCCCUUCGCUUGGAAGGGGGUCCCAGCCGCUGCGCCGGGCGCGUGGAGGUGCUGCACAACGGCACGUGGGGCACGGUGUGCGACGACGGAUGGGGCUUCCAGGAGGGCCAGGUCGUGUGCCGGGAGCUGGGCUGCGGCUCGGUGCUGUCGGUGGCGCCGGGAGCUCGCUACGGGCAAGGGAAAGGGCCCAUCUGGUUGGACGACGUCAACUGCACCGGGGAGGAACCGGCACUGCGGGGGUGCCGAGCGAAGCCAUGGGGGGAGCACAACUGCAACCACGUGGAGGACGCCAGCGUCGAGUGCUCAGAUUCCACCGUGGCCACCUUGGGCACCCUCCAGUUGGUCAACGGCCUCGACCGCUGCGCCGGGAGGGUGGAGGUGCUGCACGAGCACAUGUGGGGCACGGUGUGCGACGACGGAUGGGAUCUGCUGGACGCGGCCGUGGUGUGCCGGCAGCUCGGCUGCGGCACGGCGCUGGCCGCCACCCACGGGGCUCACUUUGGAAGGGGCCACGAUCCCAUCUGGUUGGAUGAGGUCAACUGCACCGGUAGCGAGGCCGCGCUGGUGGAUUGCCGGGCCAGCGCGUGGGGCAACACCAACUGCUUCCAUGGGGAGGAUGCCGGUGUGGUGUGUUCAGGGUCGGCGCUGUCGGCGGCCACGGCGCCGCGCUUGGCCAGCGGCUCGACGCGGUGCGACGGCAGAGUGGAGGUGCCGCACCUCAGCUCCUGGGCAUCCCUAUGCGACCAGGAGUGGGGUCUGGCGGAGGCACGGGUGCUCUGCAGGCAGCUGGGCUGCGGGACGGCGCUGGUGGCCCCGGCCCAGUCCUGGUCCGGCCAUGGAACUGGUCCGACGUGGCCCAACCGCGUGAGCUGCGUGGGCACCGAGAGCACCCUGUCCAUGUGCAAGGUGCAGGCCCGGGGCAAUGGCUCUUGUCCCCAGGGCAGGGAAGCCGUUGUGGUGUGUUCAGGCAACUGGGAGGGCGACCAGGUCCGCUUGGUGAACUACGGCAGCCGCUGCGCCGGCAGGGUCGAGGUCUACCACAACCAGCAAUGGGGCACCGUGUGCGACGACAACUGGGACCUGGUGGACGCCGACGUCGUGUGCCGGCAGCUGGACUGCGGCCGAGCCCUCUCGGCCCCUGGUAGAGCCCAAUUUGGCCGCGGGGACGGCAUCAUCUGGAUGGAUGAGACCAAUUGCACCGGUACCGAGAGCGCCCUGUCCUCCUGCCCGGCCCGGCCUUGGGGUACCGGUAACUGCUACCAUGGUGAAGAUGCUGGUGUGGUUUGCUCCGAUUCCCUCAUCCCGGAGCCGGCUCCCAUCCGCUUGGCCAACGCCUCCCAUCCCUGCGCCGGCAGAGUGGAGGUGCUCCAUGGGGAGCACUGGGGAGCCGUGUGCGAGCGGGGCUGGGACCAACGGGACGCCGAGGUCGCGUGCCGGGAGCUGGGAUGCGGGACGGCGCUGCCGGCGUCCGAGGGGGUGGAUUUUGGCACCGGGGCCUUGCCGGUGAGGAUGGAGAACGUGAGGUGCCAGGGAACGGAGCGGAGCCUCAGGGAAUGCCCAGCGGGACAAGGGGGCUGUGAGGAUGGGAAGAGAGCCGGUGUGGUGUGCUCCGGCUCCAUGGUCUCCACCAUCGCCCCCGUCCGCCUGGUGAACGGCACCGGGCGCUGCUCGGGCAGGGUCGAGGUGCUCCAUGGUGGCCAAUGGGGCACGGUCUGCGACGAUGGCUGGGACCUCCUGGACGCCAAGGUCGUUUGCCGGCAGCUGGGCUGCGGCACCGCGGUGCUGGCCCCGCACCGCGCUCACUACGGCCAGGGCCAGGGGCCCAUCUGGUUGGACGCCGUGCGCUGCGCCGGCACCGAGGCGGCCAUCGCCGAGUGCAGCUCCAAGGGAUGGGGCACCCAUGGGUGCGAGCAUGGGGAGGACGCCGGUGUCAUCUGCUCCGGAUCGGGCAUCUCGGACCUGGGAAGCCUGCGCUUGGUGAACGGCUCCGAUCCCUGCUCCGGACGGGUCCAGGUGUUCCAUGAGCAGCGCUGGGGUGGGAUCUGCUCGCAGGGCUGGGGCCUGGCCGAAGCCCGUGUGGUGUGCGGGCAGCUGGGCUGCGGGACGGCGCACGCGGCCCCGGCAUCGCCCUCGGUAGCCACGGGAGAGCCCUUCCUGUGGGUGGAUGCUGUGGAAUGCACCGGGAUGGAGGGAGCCCUCUUGGAAUGCCGCGUGAAGCUAUGGGGUGAGGAGGGCUGCAGCUCCCAGGCCCACGCCGCCGUCGUGUGCUCCGCGGCCGUAGACAUGGACCCAAGGAGCUCGGCAGCCCUGCGCUUGGUGAACGGUCCCCACCGCUGCGCCGGGAGGGUGGAAGUGUUCCAUAGCCACCAAUGGGGCACCGUCUGCGACGACGGAUGGGACCUGCUGGAUGCGGCCGUGGUGUGCAGGCAGCUGGGCUGUGGGGCAGCCCUAUCGGCCCCGGGGCUCUCCGCCUUCGGGCAAGGAUCCGGCCCCAUUUGGUUGGAUGGGGUGAGCUGCCUUGGGACCGAAGGCACCAUCGCCGAAUGCCCCGGCAAGCCAUGGGGACAACACGCGUGUAACCACGUGGAGGAUGCCAGCGUCGUGUGUGCAG